UAAACCCAAUACGAGCGUAGCGAAGUGAGAGAGAGAGAGAGCGGUUAAAUGUAAUAUCCCGAGAAGGUGUUUAAAAACAGCCGAAUUUCCUCUACUGUUACGAAAAUAGUUCGAAUUCACACUCGAUUUUUUCGCAAAAUAUGCGGUUUAAAAUGCUGACCGAUAACUUUGUCUGAAGCGAUAGUGACCGGCUGCAAGUAACACACAUAAUGCACCUUCCUGCUUUAAUAAUUGUGUUUAUCGUUAUUUGUGCCGUAAAUAAUGGCACGACAACGAUCACGUGCUACUACUGCCACCAAACGUCAAAAGCUUGCAAUAGCGGAUACCCGGAGGAAAUCCACCAGAAGAACUGCUCGGAGGACAAGUGUGCCACGAUGCAAUAUGAGACUCAAAUGCCGAGCAGGAAGGUGCUGGCCACGGUAAGGGACUGCGCCUACUUAACAGAGAGGGAGCUGCUCCACAUGGUCUCCCCCGAUAAGUCAAAGUUGGCCACGCUCAUCAGAUUCGAGGAGUGCGCUACGAAUUUGUGUAAUUUUUCUUUAAAAGUUCUCUCGGAAAAAAUUCUGGUUAUUGUAUCGUUUGUUAUAAUAAAAUGUUUUAUGUGAUGUACCUACGCCCCUGCGUUAGCAUAAGUGACAGAUGAGCACCGGUCAACUGUCAAAAAUGUUUAAGGCAGGGACACACUUGAUGUUGUAUAUCAAUAAAUAAAUAAAUGAA